CUUUACAGGAAUACGUGCAUAAAGAAAAUUUCUGGCAGAUUGUGGUUAGAUUGGUAAGCUGAUGAUGUUGUGUGGUAUGGACUGUUUUGUCUCUAUAGGCUUCUGGAGACAAGAGUCACAUGGCAACCACAUGUUUAUCUUUUGACUGAGGGUCGCCAUCUUUAAGCUAGUGCCUUCUGUUGAUCAGCUUUUAUGAAGUGUCUUAGUGACAAUGAUGUGUUAUCUUCUGAACUAUCCUCCAUAUGCUACCCCUUCCGUUCAGAGAAUGUGGACAUUCCUUUUGCUUCUUGAAUCCAGAUUGAGUUGGGUAAGGAAUAGUACUACUCAAACCCAGAUUGAUUUAGUUAUAAGACACAAUUCUUUAUGAAGUUUGUAGUGGCAUUCCAGCUAAUGGGAGUGAAUUCUUGUUUAACUGAUGUGUUAAUAGAUAUCUGCGUUCAAUCCAAAUGAAUUUCUACAAUGAUGGAUGUGGUUUAUGCAUGCAAAAAUGCGAAUUUGUUGGAAUGGGAUUAGAUGCAAAAGGAAAGCAGGAAAGACAGAUAGGCUGCUGACUGUGUGGUUAUCAAAGAAGGCUUUCUUGGCCUCAGAACAUGGGAAACGAAUUUCAUGUUAACAGAGUGGGGCUGGACGUAGUAGUAAUGUUCGAUUUUAGGAGUAUGCCGGUUUACAUCUUUCCUAUAUCUUCCUUCAUUGACACAUGCCAGCAAGUUGUAAAAGAAUUGUAGGAAUUGUUGGUCUAGCAUUAUUCAUCUUGAUUAUUGUGGUUUUAGGUUUUGGCAACCCACAUGUGUGGUCCUCUAAUGUUGAGACUUUUUCCAGGAGUGGCUGCUGCAUGUGAAAGUAUUGCUAGAGAUAUAACUGAGGCAUCCUACAUUUGUCUGCUUCAUAUGGAGUACCUACUAAGCUGAUUCGGAUCGAGAGCGAGAGAAGGGUCCCAUGUUGCCAAUAGGGGGCGCAUCAAGGUAGGGUAAGCAGCCAUGGGGUUUGAACCCUUGCGCCCUUGUUCACAGUUACUGCCAAAACACUUUGUGGUCUCUUCUUUGCCCCCACAUUCCACAUGACUUUGUUUCUCACCCUCCGGCCUCUUGCUUCCUCCUACUGAUCUCUCCAUAAAUACCUCUCUACCCCCCCCCCCCCUUCAUUCAUCCCCCACCAGUACCGGCCACCAACGUACCUCUACACAAAUGGCUCUCAAAAAACCAAACAAACUGCCCCAAACAGCGGCUUUCAAACAGAUCAUCAAGAGAUGCUCGAGCUUUGGGAAGAAACAGGGCUACAAUCAUGGAGAAGGCCUUCCUUAUGAUGUGCCAAAAGGGCAUUUUGCUGUCUAUGUGGGGGAGAACAGAAGCAGGUACAUUGUUCCUAUUUCAUGGUUGACUCACCCGGAGUUCCAAAGCCUGCUUCAAAGAUCUGAGGAAGAGUUUGGCUUUAAUCAUGACAUGGGUCUCACCAUUCCUUGCGAAGAAGUUGUUUUCAGGUCUCUAACAUCGCUCAUCAGAUAAUUAAAGAGAUCGAUCGACGAUCGAGUAAAUAGGGUACGCUGUUUGAUGCAAAUAUAACAAAGAUGAAGAAGGCAGGAGAUUGAUCAUGGGGUAACUUAAUUAAUGACGACAGAUUUUUGUAUAUUGACUUGUGUACGUACGUACGUGUAGUUUAAUUUCCUCAGUGAUAUAUAUGAUGCACUUUAAUUUGUGUCAAUUAAUUGAGAGAAGUGAUAUAAAUGAAGAGAUUCGCGGGGUUCUUAAUUCCUCGUUU